AUGAAUAAUAAUGAACAGGACAAUUCAAAAGAUUUAAAAGCAAAUAUAUCAAACGGAAUAAAUUCAAUAAAAUCAUCUAUUGUCAAUAGUGAAGACAAACUUGUUCUGAAUAAGGAUUCUAAAGAGAAUGAAUCUCAGAAUCACAUUGAAGAACAAAAUGAUGAUGAAUUUAUUCGUAUAACAGCUGCACAUGAAAUACUUAUCGAAGCUCAAACAUGUGACGAACAGGAAAAUUAUUCAUUAGCACUUCAUCUUUAUCGGAUCUGUGUUGAUUUUCUUCUCGAAGAAUUGAUGUUCGCCAAUGGUACUGAACAAUCUCGUAUUUAUUUACGUGAAAAAUGUGCAGCUAUUAUGGAUCGUAUUGAUAUACUUAAAACAAAACUUGAUCCGAUUUCAUCAUCGGCUACUAAUCAGUCAUCAGCCGACAGUCUACCUAUCGAUCAAUUUGAAUCAAUAAAUUUAUCGUAA